AUGGCGUCAUCAACCCCGCAGCAAGGCCAGGAUGGCGCAGAACAAACCAGCCGUCCUCGGGACGAUCGCGCCCCGUAUCAAGAAGACCCUUCGGAUGAUGAGAAAGGGAAGAAGAAGACCCGCCAACGAGGACCACCUAGAAGACAGCAUAAGAAACCAGCUAGACAGCGACGCGCACACUCAACCGACGACUACUACUAUGACUACCCGGCCGAGACACAAGGUACUGGCCUAGGCCUCUACAGUCCUGGUACUCGCGGCUACGACACCUACUCUCCAAAUGUCGGACCCUUUCAACAAGAUGCAAGCCCAUGGUAUCCUUCACCGAGUCCCCAAACCCCGUCUUCGUAUCCUACCAAUUACCCCGGUUCAUAUCCGUUUCCCUCUGACCAUUACAGCUACUUCCCUGGUCCUUCUAGGGCGCCACCUUACUCACAGCCAGGACCAUACAGACCAGUUCCCAAUAGCCGGCCCCCAUUGGAAUACGAUGAUAUAGAGUUUUCAACGCCUGAUGCCUACGACCCUCCGCCUCCACCUCCACCUCCGCCUGUGUACCCCGACAGAAUGCCUAGACGACCCCAACCCCAACCGCUCGUGCCUAGACAGCCGGCCUCUGACCCCCCACCUGUCAUGAGAGGGGCACUUCCAGAGCGACAGUCCAAGAAGAAGCCAUCCAGUCGACGAAGAGACAGCGCCCCGCCAUCGAGCGAUCAAAAAACAUUACAGGUUAUGGGCCAAGUCUUGGAUAGUCUGGAUAACGUCCGAAGACAACUUGAGGACAGGAGCUCAGAAGUUCAAUCUGACCCGGGAAGAUUCUGGCCUCGAUAUCUGCCUGGGAGUGUAACGACAAGUCAGUAUAGCCGAGACGAGACACGCGAGAAACAGGAACGAGAUCAUCUGGUAGGAAUCAUCGAUCGAUUGCUCGAAGAUAGGGAGCGACAAGGCUAUCGCAAUCCCUUCUUGAGUUCGCAACGGAAUGACAUCGCCGCUAUGAUUGGCGGCAGUCUUGCCGGAGUGAGCGAGGGUGAUAUGAAUAGAGCCCUGAUCAGACAUGGUGAUGACAAGGAGAUCAAGUCCAAGCUCGACACCAUCCUUAACCUUCUCGUUGAUAGGGGGAUAUACCCUCAACAGCCAUUCCAGCGAGAGCACCAAGAACAUAGAACAGGCCGCCAGGUUCAGCAUGGAGACCCCACUGUCAUCUCCAUCACCUCAUCGCGUGAACCCGAUAUAAGAAGACAGGUCUUACAGCGCCGUGCAUCCGUCGCUCAUCCCCCAUCAAGCGGACGUCCUAUCGUGCAGUACCAACCAGCACAUACAUCAAACCAAUCACGCGUUCGGCAAAGAGUCACUAGACCUCCUGAGCCAGAGGACGAAGAGUUUGAUGAUCGGUUCGAUGAGCAAUACGAUCUAUUCGGAGGCUACGAAACACAAACACAAGACAGUCCCGUCCAAGAGAACCUCCGCGCCAGACGUCUAAGUAUGUCUCGAGAAAUAGACGGAAGUGAAGCAGCAUCCGAACAACGCGGUAGAAGAAUCGUAGUAAGUGGCGAGCAGAGAAUGAGACCGAGAUACUACGCCACUGUUGAAGAUGAGGAGGAAGAGGAAGAUGAUGUAGUUCCGAUUCCGACGCGAUCGAGUGUUGCGCGCAGAGUGAGAGUUGAGGGAGAUAAACAGGGAGAGAGACCAGUACCACAUGUGCCUGAUGCGCCCGUUUCUGUGGUGGGGCAGAGAAGAAGGGUUGUGCCGCGGGUGAGGUUUGAUGGUGAUUAG